UUUUUUCUAGAAAUCUAAAACUGUUGCUAUUAAUUAAGAAAAUAGUAUUUUGUAUGAGCCUGUCUUUUUCUGCAGGACAAGCCCUCUAAAAUCGUCCUGACUGUACUCAUAUUUUUUUAAAUUGUCUGUAGUGUGAGAUUAUCACAAAAUAUGAUUUUGUGAGAUAUUAGAAGAACAUCUAAAAAAUACCCACUCAUGCAUUCAUCAUUGUUUAAAGGAGUAUUUCCCUCUCAGAAGGAAAUCCUUCAUGCAAGGUCAACAUGUAGCUCAGAUUUGCAGCUUAAGUUGCAGCAAACACACAAAUAUUGUCUUCAUCACGGGUGGAUGCACAAGUCUCCUUAGAACGCAGUUCCUGAUCCAGAGUCUGGGACGCUGGGCGACUCUCAGCCCGACUUUGCUGUGACCUUGCAGCUUGGCUUUCUGUAGCAUUGCCUUACAACGGGUCAGCAUUAGAUUAUGUCAGCCACUAGCACAAAAGACACACACAUUGACUUUGUGACACACAUUCUGUGCAUAUUUGUCACCAACACACACAAGCAGACGGCACAGGGAAACUCAGGCUGAUGCCUGCCCCCCACACACUCAAUUGCAGAGAGCGCUUUGUGCAUUCACUGGCUGGGCAGCUAUUGAACACAGAGAGAGGGACUGGUGGGAGGGGGAAGAUGGAGACAGAAAGAAAGAGAAAUAUUACAAAGAGCAGCAGACCUAGACAGAUAGAGAGGAGGAGAGAAGGACUGCAGGAGUGCCGGGGAGCAGAUCCUGCUAAGACAAACUAGUUGGAAGCCAGAGUUAGCAAGGCAGGAAGGGGACUGGAGAGAAAAAAAGGACAGGAAUCAGGGCUUGGGGAACAGAAAGGAAGAGACUGAAUGUUGUUUGAGAGGCUGGGGGAAAACUGAUGGAAUGGCAUUGAUCCCUGGGAGCUGCCGACUCUUGGGCCAGAUGGCGUCUUGUUGCUGCAGACCUCUCCUCAACUGCUCCUGCUGUCAACCGCUCAUCAAGGUCUGCCUCUCCUCCUUCACAGACAUGUCUCCCGCUGAGCUGGAUGCUCUUUGGAGGGAGCCGCCAUACACUCUUGGGGGAACAAAUGAACACUUUUCUGGAAAUGACAUCAUGACUGAAGGUGAGGAGAAAGAUGGUCCUGUGGUGGAACCAGGUGAAAGAAGUGCAGAAUGUGACAACUACUGGAAGAAGAAAGAAGCUUUCCUCAGAGGAAGUACCGUCUCUAUAGGGGACAAAUUUUCUUCAGAAAUUGUGCUCUUGUUCACCGGGCGGAGACGCUCCAGUGAGGACCCUGACCAGAACCUGCAGGAAGCGCUGCGUACACGGCUCAGAGUGGUGGAGAGCAACAGCAAGGAUGUUGUGCAGCUUUUUAAAGACUUGUCUGCACGUCUGGUUUCAGUCCACGCUGAGAAAGACAGUUUUGUACUUACUUUCAAAACUGUAGAGGAGAUGUGGAAGUUCUCAACUUACCUUGCAUUAGGUUAUGUUGCUCGUUGUUUGGAAAACUUCCUGUGUGAUCAGUCCUUCUGGCUGGACUCAGAGCUGCUUAGUGACCUGGAGAUCAAUGUCAAGGUGGAUGAGGAACAUCUGGCUACCCUGUAUCUGAGACUUCUCAAACAGGAAGGAUUCUUCUUUGCAAAGGCACUGUUCAGUAGACAACAUCAGGAUGGAGAAGAAGAUGAACAGCUUUCGUUUCACAAGAAUGACCUGCUGAUGGUGAGGGACACCGGGCAGGGAAACAUGUGGGAGGGCACCCUCCUUUCCACGGGGAACCAUGGCCUGGUGCCAGUCAAUGCCAUGCAACCAAUGCCCUACCCCUUUUAUCAGUGGUUCCUGAGGAAGUCUCCGGGUCAUGCUGAAUGGUCACCCUCAGAAAAGGAGCAGUUUGAACAUCCAAUCGUGACUGGUUCCUGUGUGGCUGUGGUGGACUAUAGUCCAGAUGGGCCGGAUGAGCUCCAGCUGAGCCAAGGGGACACAGUGGAGAUCCAGGGCCUACUGCUACGAGGUCUUGGGGUCUUCAUAGGGAGACAUGCUUCCACAGGAUGCAUUGGCUUUGUACACAAGGCGCAUGUCAAGCCUCUGAACACCACUCCACUAGACAAACGAUUAUUCUUUCUUGCUGAUGAGGAGAAGGCCAGCCUGGCUCAGGUUAACCCGUGUAGCUCUGAGCCAAGCGACAGCAACUUACUAGAAAGACUGUUUUCAUCUGACAUCAGCUGCGUUUACAGGCUGGAUCGACUGGAUGAGACAGAUUUCACGUACAUCCAAAAUCACCCAAAACAUGAUUAUAAAGUACUCACGAGUGCCCGUCAGAGCAUGAUCUCGGAGAGAAGCGAAGGGACAUCACCAUUCCAGUUUUCCCCUCACCCGUCCAUCUCUCACUCUUCCCCCGGUGUGUCCCGCUGUCACUCCCACAAUCCUUUGCGAUUAUCCUUCACACUGGAUGACACAUUCCGGGAACUGGACGAGUUUCAGGAGGAUCCACCUCUCUUCCUGGAGGAGAACAGCUGGGAUGGUGGAGAGUCUGAACUCAGUGACCCUACACUGGCUCUGCUCAACCAGGAUCACUUCCAGGAGGACUUUCUGCCCUUAUACGACCUGCAGUAUUCUUUUCUGUGGCUGACUUUCAGCGGUAAGCCGGAAGACGAGCUGUCAGCUCAUCUUGAAAGUGUUAGGGAUUGCUCUAAAAGACUGGGCAUGCACUGGGCACAUCGGCGAGCAUGCUUUGUUCUGGGAAGACUGUGUGCCAGAAAGCUGAAGUUCUCACAGGCCCGUGUGUACUAUGAAGAGGCUUUGAGUGUUUGUGUUGACAGCUUCUCCGACACUCCACUCCUGGUAGCUCUCUUAACAAACCUCACGGCCAUCUACUUGAAGCAACGUAUGAAGGACAAACUGCCUCAGACUCUAGAAAAAGCCAGCGCCCUGCUUCUUUGUCUUCCUGGCCACACCUUCACCUCCAAAGAUGAAGCUGAAUUGCUGAAGCUGCUCCUGAGAAGAUCAGUGGUUUUGGGGGACAAGCAUUUGGAAGCUCGUGUCUGCUACCUCAUGUCCAUCCUCUUUCUGGCCCUCAAUAAAAACGACGAUGCUCUACCAUUUGUUGAGCGCCUCCAGUUCCUGACACUGAUGUUCUCUGCUGCUGAAGAGGGACCUGUAGCACCUUUAGACCUUAACUGGCUCUUGAGCUGCCUGUAUCACCGAAAAUACAUGCCUUACCUAGCUCUGGCCUCUGUGAGUCUGGACUCUCUGCAGGAUCACUCCCUUGAUGACGCCUUCCAUAAGAUCGAGUUGUUUAUCAAGAAUUCUGUUCGUCUGAAUCCAUGCUGGAGGGAAGGGAGCUCCCUUCUUCCGGCACAGAUUGUGGUUUACCUGCAGCAGACCCUGACUAUAGCUGAACUGAGCGACAACGUAAAGACCCAGAGGGACCUGUGUUUAGGCUUGGCAUCAAUUUAUCAGCAGUACGGUGCUUUUGAUAAGGCAGUUUGCUGUGCACAGCAGGCUGUGGAGAUUGGAAGUCACAUGAAUGAGGAGGAUGGCUUUGAGGCUUCCGUGCUGCUUGGAUGGCUGUUGGUCCUAACUGGUCUGCCUGAGAAAGCCCAAACCGUCCUACAACCACUGCUAGCAUCACUACAGAGUACAGACAGUCCCACUCAGCGAGGGGUGAUCCAUAACCUCUUGGCUUUAAGUCUAAGGCAUCAAGGUCACAUUAAAGAGGCAGGAAUGCAUUUGCACGCUGCCCUGGUCAUCUCCAGGGAAAGUGGAAACCAGAGGAAUCAGGCUCUGGCAUUGGCCAACCUGGGCUGUCUGGCACUGGUUGCAGGAGCAUCCUUGAUCGCAGAACGCUUUCUGGUCAGAUCCUUGUGCCUUUUUCUGGAGCUGUGGGACAGCCCGACAGAUGAGGAGCACGUUCAGACUUACCUUUGGCUUGGACGGAGCUACAAGGACAGGGGGAGGAGUCAGGAUAUCAGGGCAUGUUACGAAAUGGGUUUACUGAUUGCACUGCAUGCCAGAAACCUGCAUAGUCAAAUGGUGGUGGCAAAGGCACUAAGUCGGCUGUAUGCCGACAUGCUCCUCUAUGGCCAGAGUAUUGUCUACUACGAGCACUGUGUGUUAGUUUCCCGAAAGCUGAAGGACAAGAGGUCGGAAGGAGAGUAUCUGGAGAUCCUCAGCAGCCUCUACCUCUCACUCAACACCGAGAAGUCUUCUCGUAAGUCUCUUGACUACACAAAACAAAGCCUGCGGAUCUCUAUUGAUCUGGGAAGGCGGGAGGAAGAGUCAGAGACCUGGCUGCAGGUGGGACGCAUAUAUUAUCUUAUUCACGAAGACGAGUUGGCUGACAUGUACCUGCAGGCAGCAGUGAAGACGGCCUUGAGGAUGAAUGACGCUCCCUUUACUAUGAGCAUCUACGAGGAAGCAGGAGACGUCUACUUUAAAGGACAUAAGAAUCGAAUGGCUUCAGUGCCUUUCUAUAGGGAUGGAAGUCUACCGUUUGCACGGAGCAUCAAUGACAUUCACUCCGAGUUUCGUUUGCUGAGCAAACUGACAGAGCUGCUGAUGUCACAUGGUGACCAAGAGGAGGCGUUGCAGUAUGCAACACUGGCUGCUCAGAUUGCCAAUAAAACUGGAGUGCGUGUGAAUGAGAGGACUGCAUACCAUCGGUUGGCUACCAUUUAUUACAACCUGGAGCAUUUUGAGAUGGCAGAAAACUACUACCUGAAAUCCCUGUCUGUGUGCUCACCUGUCCUGCAGCACCCCAAAGAAGCAUGCUACUACACUAAAGUUUACAGCAGACUGGGGAACCUUACCUUGCACAAACUCAAGGAUGCUUUUGAUGCACUGGGUUACUUCCAGUUGGCUCUGGCAGCUGCUUUGGAGGACCAAGCUAAUCCUCAGGCACUGUAUGUGGUCUACAUGAAGCUGGCUGAAAUCCAUGGAAACCACUUGCCUGAUGCUCAGCUAUGCCAAGUUUACAGAGACCAAGCCCAGAGUUUGAAGAAAGUCCUCGCUGGUUUGGGAAGCUCUGCUGCCGGAGAGGAAAAUGUUGGCGAUGCAAAUACAGAGCUGGGGCAAAAGAUGAAGGAGAGCCUGGAUGAUGAUCCUGAGUUUGAAGAUAGUUUGGAUGAGAGAAAUUUGACUUUUGAAUGUAUACCUGACAAUAAGCACUGUGAACUAAACUCAACUCUGAGACCUCUUACAAUCCCCAUGGACUUAAAAGUCAAAAGCGCUGACAUGAAUCUAAAAGAGGAUAUAGAGCAAAAGUGUCACAUGCACUUUCCAUCAGACACAAGGAGUCCUUAUGGUUCUGAGCCAGACACUGUUGCCAGUCAGUCCUUCAGAGACAGUAUUUUAACAGAGUCUUUUGACACGGCGAAAGAGCACAUCUCCGACUCGAGCAGCUCCACUGACCUUUACCAAAAUCCAACCGAAGGAUCAGACUCGAAAUUUGAUUCCGAACACAGCACACCCAGCCAAAUACUGCUCAACCACACACGUGAACUCACUGAAAGCGCAGACAGAAGGGACACAGAUUCCGAUGCGCCAGAUGAAGAAAACACACCCAUUGAAGAGACAGAGGCAAAUGCAGCUCUGAUCCAACAGGAGUUGGAUUCUGUCCAGGAGAUCAGUCAGGAUGAGGUCUGCACGGAGACUUGUGUCACAUGCAGUGACAGUACAAGCAUCACAGAAUAGCACUUUAUGGUUUCUUGUUUUUGUAUCUGAGCUCAUGUCUCAUGGUCAACAGACCGCUACGUUCCAGCCGCACGGCAACUUUUCUAUGACAUGUAAUGUCAACAAAUGUGUGGGAGUCUUACUCACCGUAAAGUGUAGUCCUACCGUCUAAUAUAUGUGAUAAUAUAACAACAGCUUGUCAAAUAUGUUUUUUACAGUUAUGUCUCUCAUUAAUAUGAUACAAAUGAAAAGAACAACUAUGUGCCGAG